CACACCGAAGGUCAAUUACAACCCGAAGUCCAGAGCCACUACUCGAUGGCUGCCGCUGCUCCAGGCACCGGCGCCGCGGCCACGACCCCAGUAGCCAUCUUCUCUUCCUCCACUUCCACCUCCUGCCCAUCCCUUUUCUCUCCUCUCUCCGUCCUGUCCCCCUCACUUCCCGUCCGUCGCCUCCGCCUCUCCCUGCCCUCCCCUUCCCGCAGCCCCAUCGUCGUCCGGUCCGGCCCCAGCGGAGGAGGAUUCGGUGGAAGCGAUGGAGGAUCUCGAGGCGGAGGAGGCGAUGGAGGAGAGAAUGGCGACUCGGGUGAGAAGAACCGGGCCGAGGCGUUGCUCGUGCUGGCGGAGGCCGAUCGGACUUUGGAGAGCCUCCCCAAGGACUUGUCCGCCGCGAUAGAGAAUGGAAGGGUCCCCGGGUUGAUCGUCCAGCGGUUCUUUGAGCUCGAGAAGUCGCCAGUCUUCCGGUGGCUGCUCCAGUUUGGGGGAUUAAAGGAGCGGCUCCUCGGCGACGACCUGUUCUUGACUAAGGUCGCCAUUGAAUGCGGCGUUGGCAUCUUCACGAAGACAGCUGCUGAGUGGGAGCGUCGCAGAGAGAAGUUUGUGAAGGAACUUGAUUUCGUUUUUUGUGAUGUGGUAAUGGCCAUAGUUGCUGAUUUCAUGCUUGUGUGGCUUCCUGCUCCAACGGUUUCUCUCCGAGCACCUCUUCAGUUAAACACUGGGGCAAUUUCAAAGUUCUUCUAUAGCUGUCCGGAUAAUGCCUUUCAGAUUGCUUUAUCUGGAACAACGUACUCGUUCUUGCAGAGAGUUGGUGCAAUUGUGAGGAAUGGUUCUAAGCUUUUUGUUGUUGGGACUGGUGCAUCUCUGAUUGGUACAGGCAUAACCAAUGGUUUGAUCAAGGCAAGGCAGGCAAUUGGCAAGGAUUUUGGAGUUGAAGCAGAGGAUGUGCCCAUAAUAUCAACCAGUGUGGCCUACGGUGUCUACAUGGCCACUUCAAGCAACCUUAGGUUUAAAUCUGAACUUAACUUUAACCACCUUUUUAUUAUUCAAUUCAACCUGUAGUUUAUUAUGACAAAAUUUCAGGUUUUCAGAAAUGAAUAAUAUCUAUGUUUUCUAGAUUCCGACAUAUUAUGCUAGAGCUUAAAUUCCAGUUUUGAGUUGGAAGGAUCAUUACUAUUUGUUUUGUUACGUUUUUUCUUAGUACUUUGUAAUUUGAAUUGAUAGUAAAUUAAUAGGGGUAAUUAUUUUCUAGUCUUUGGGAUGAAUCUAUGUGAUAGACACAAGAUAAUAAUAUCCCACUUGUCCUUUGAGUGAGUUUAAUAUUUCCAUGGUAUGUCAAUUGGUAUCAGAGUCGAAUUUCUGACUUAAUAAACUUUCAGUCAUUCCUAAGCAAGUUCCUAUUUUUCUAACACAAAUUGUGCAAUCCUGCAUCCGAUGUAAAUUCCUAUUUGUAGUUUGGUUCCAAUCUUCGUCUAUGACCCUGCUUUGAACUUGGUGUUUAUUGGUCCAAAUCAGAUCCCCAAUGCUUCUGCCACCACCCACCUGACUGUUGCUGUUUUCUCCUGUAGUUGCAAGAUCUACCUCCGGAGCGACAAGGAGGUCUCCACUCUGUUGCUGGAAUUCCCGUAACCAUCCUACUUGUUGGCUGGUAGACACCGUGUUGCCCACCUCAGCCAUGAUCACCGCAACCUCAAUCACCCUAAUUGUGUCCUCUACCUUGCCAUUGUCUGCUUCUGUUGGAUGCCCAUGAACUUCACCGCUUGCUGCUACUAUCCUUGUAAAGCCAACAUCAUCUGCUUUAUACUGGUGGUUGGUUCUCUUGUUUCACCACCACCACUGGCUGACACCUAGCAAUGUCGUUUGCACAUUUGUACCAGUUCUUCACAACCACAAGCUCUCAAACGAUCAUCAUUUUCUCCUUCCAAGUGAACGAUAACACCACUCCCUUUCACAUCAUUUGUUAGAUUAAGAAUUAAGAAAACUAGGUCUGACAUGAAACACGGAUCCCAUUUGCAAGAAGAGAAUGUAACAUGGUUCUGUUCACUAGGAAGAGAUCCAAAUCUCAUUGAUUAAUUUUUGAUGGGUCCUGCAUACUGAUACAAGGAAAGAACACAGAUUGGAACGUUUAAGCAUAUCUGAUUAGGCAUUUUGUAAAUUAGCCCAAUCAAUAAUCUGGAAAAUUCUAGAUUAGUCAUUUGUUUAGUUUGUUUUUUUUAAACUAUUGUUAGUGUAGCAAACACUAAUUUUAAGAGAAAAAAAAAGAAGACUCACUUCCAUUUGGAUUCCUACUCGAGGAGGGGAGAACUGGAGUUAAUUUUGCAACAGGCUGACAACAACUAUGUAAUUUCAUUUCUCAUUAAAAAAUUCUUUUGUUUAAUUUAGCUAGUAAAUAAUUUCUAUACAUUUUCCACUUUUUCAUAAAUCAUUAGUUUCAUCAUCUUUAUUUCCUUAGUUUUUUUACUUGAUUCAUCUUUAUUUGCCUUCAUGUUGACCAUGAAGAAAAU